AUUUUCCAACAUCAGGUUUAAUAAAGUGCUUCCGCAAAGGCUUUGUCGUUGAAAACCAGAUUAAAAACUACAUUACCCACAGUUCAUUCCGCGAUAACAAUUCCAGGUCCAAGGAGCGUUUACAAGUCAGAAUCCUGCGUUCCUCGAUUUGAAAAUGGCAUCAGAGGGAUCAGGAGAAGCUUCGGUUCCAUCAGAGGACCAGAGGGAUGAGGGGACCCACCAGACAGACCCACUCAUUCCAGAGGCGCGGGUCUGUGCGAAAGAAACCCUAAAAGCUACAGCACAGUCAGCAGAGCGGGAUGAGAAUGGAAUCCUCGUGUGCCAGUUCUUCCUGAUGGGAAAGUGUCGUUUUGGCCCCAGAUGCCGUUUCUCUCACAGUAACCCAUCAGUGGAUGAUUCAGGGCUUACAUCACCCGACCAUGAUGACAAACAGGACGGAGAAAAGACAGAAAAACACUGGAAGAAAGUCAACAAAGCAACAAAGCCCAAAUCCGAGGCAAAAGAGGUGAACAAGAAGCCUCGCAUGCGCACAGCAGAAGAAGUAAUCUCUCGGAUCCUGUGGGACCCGUCGGUGGACGGAGCAGAAUUGGUGGUGGGGUAUGUCGACCGCUUCCUUGGCGUGCUGGAGCGUCCCUUCAACGACUUCAACUGGGACACCGACCCCUGCGACUGCGAUUACUCCUCCGAGCUGGCUCUGCCACAACACAGGAUCCAGUACUUCCUCUGCAGAGGGCUCCGGGUCUGGGACCGCCACAGCAGGACUGACCGAGUGUUCGGCUCCACCGGUCAAUCUCUGGCUCCCCCCUUUGGAGGUGAGGGGGAAGUAAAGGAAAAGAACGCAGAAGGGCAACAACAAGAGCAGCCCCCCGCUGAGGAGUGGGCUCACACUGAGAGCGCACAUCUGGAGGAAGAGAAGCAGAGUGAGAUGAACAGCCAGGCCGCUGACUCAUCACAAGCAGCCCCAGAGUUCAGAGGAGACGCUUCUCGGGAACAACUGGAGUCACGAGGAACAUCUGGUACAGAGGAGGCUGCAGUGAGCCCUGGGGCUUCAAAAGACCAAGAGUCCUCAUCCCAAAAAGAGGAACCAAUUUUAAAGGAGGCUGAGGAAGGGAAUUCACCAGAGUGGAAAGAAAGCUGGGAUGGAAAUGAAGAUGCUCUGUGUUAUCCCCUGACCCAGAACCAGAGGCAGAACCCAUCAGCCCCUCUGGAGCAGAGAGAGACACGCGGUGGUCGCCCCGCUAAAAAACGCCCCACGCACUUCAUCACCUUCAGGGCCAACACGCCAUCCAUCCUCUCCUGCUUCCAGCAGCUGCAGGAGGAGAUCACCUCCGUUCUGCCCUCCUCCGCCCCUCACUGGCAGCUCGCCUCCAGCCUCCACGUCACCAUGUGCCUCCUCAACCUGGCCGGCCCCGACGAGGUGGACGGCGCCGUGGAGGUCCUGCGGCGGUUCGCCCGUUGGGACCGCAACCCCCCGGUGUCUCUGACCUUCCCCGUGAGGCUGAAACACUUCGGCGGGAGGGUGCUGUACCUGAGCCCCCAGCCUCAGCUUCACCUCCAGCAGCUCAACGGCGGCCUGCAGGAGGCCUACAGGAAGCAGGGCUGGCUCCACAAGGACUCGUACAACCCGCGCUAUCAUCUCACGCUGGCCAAGGUGAGGGGCGAUGAGGUUGAGAGGGUUUUUCAAGGCGUCGGGGAGCUGAAGGCGGGGAAGGGUUUGAAUUUUGGCCGCCUGCCAGUUAACACCUUGCACCUUUGCUCCAUGGGCUUUUCUGAAGAAGACGGUUUUUAUGAGAUCGUGUGCACGGUGACUCUUCGAUGAUGGAAGAGGGGCUCGUUUCACACGCACACCCUUGCACGCAUGUAUGCCAAAAGCGGAGCGAUUUGCACCCCGCCGGGUGGAUUUAUUAACCAAGUCUCAUGUCUGUUGGGACAUUUUAAAGGUAAUUUGUAACGAUAAUCAGGUGAAAUACAUUAUGAGACCACCCUAUGUUUAAUUAUACUGAACCGUAAACUAAACCGAUGCACGAGGAUACAACGGCUCCACUACACUUGAGUAAUUAUAUGAUGUAUUUUUUUUAAUUAUUGUAAUUAAAUCUAUUAAGGGCUGACGCUAUAUGUCUUAUUGGUGUUGCAAGAUGAGAAUUGAAUGUAAUAAAGGGAAUCCUGAUUUGGAGGUGCUAGUCCUCGUCCCAACCGCUUCACACUCGGCUGCGAACCGCUCCAGUGAGAGUUGGAGGCCGCAGACCGAGGAGGCCAUCAGGACCACAUCGUCUGCAAAAAGCAGCGAUGAAAUCCGCAGCCCCUCGAACUGUAGACCCCCCUCCACCCGACUACGUCUCGAUAUCCUGUCCAUGAAAACCACAAACAAGAUUGGUGAUAAGGCGCAGGCCCUGGCAAAGGCCGACCCCCAAAAAUGAAAACCGCGUUGUUCCUCUUCAAUCCUUGGUUCCUCUAUCGGGCGAACCCUCCUUUCCUGCACCUUGGAGUAGUCUUUAUCAGGGAGGCUGAGUAGUGUGACACCCCUGUAAUUGGCGCACACACUCCCUGGUCCCCCUUUUUGAAGAGAGGUACCACCACCCACGGUCUGCCACUCUUUUGACACUGUCCCAGACUUCCACGCAAUGUUGAAGAGGCGUGUCAUCCAAGACAGCCGCCCAACACCCAUUGCUCUUAGCAUCUCUCAUCAGUCCCCGGGGCUUUGCCACUGCGGAGUUGUUUGACUACCUCGGUGACCUCCACCAGGCAAAUUGACAAAAAUCCCUCCUCUGCCUCCAGCUCCGCCUCUACCAAAGAGGGCGUAGUAGUUGGAUUCAGGAGUUCCUUCCACCGCCCGAUGACCUCCUGCUGUUUUGCUGUUUAUACAAUUCAUCCUCAUCUUUAUUCCAUCUGAAUAAAAUAAUAUUUUUCCGAUCACAUAUAAGUAUUUAAUUAUAUAAAUGAAAUACUUGUGCAUAAUUAUGCAUUUAAUACUAUAAAGCCCAAUGGCCAAAGGAAUAACAUUAAAAAUCACAACUAAAAUUAUUAGCCAAUGUGUCAAUGGAUUAAUAAAUUAUUUUGCUCUCGCAUCUCCAUGCGAAGAACAUGUUUCUUCACUUUGUUGUGUAUGUUUUGACUGUUUAACUAAAUAUGCGGUUUGAAGACAUGGCCUUCAAGAUUCUUACAACAAAGAUUGUUCAAGCCUUUCAAGAAGGAACUCUUCAAUGACUAAUGACUAAUGAUUAAUGAUUACCUGCUGGAGAUGCACAGCUGAGAUGAGGAAAAGGGUUACACAUUUUACAGAUUUUAUUGGAAAUGACUUUUUCUUCUGAAGGGCCAUAUAAUGUGUUGAAGGUCAACCUUUCCCUGCACUUUGGUCUUUUAUGUUUUACGACUUUGCAUAUACAACUGCCACACACAAUUGUGUAUAAAACAUAAAGGGGAAACCUUUUUCCUUUCAGCUAUGAAUCAACUAUAGUUUUUUUCUUCAGCUCAUUAUUACACAAUUAAUCUAUUUGAAAUAAAUAUUGCAUGGAGGGUAUUACACAAGAACAAUGAGUUUGUCUGCCUUUUCCAAUUAAUCACAACUGGAUUGUGAAAGCCAUUAAAUAUUGAAUUUGUUAUUU